AUGGAGCCGCGCUCCGCGCUCCUGCUGGCGGCCACGCUGGGGUUGCUGCAGCCGGCACGGAUGCUCGGGGUCGGCGCUGGCCAGCCGCCGCCGCCGCCGCUGCUGCGGGUCGAGCCCCCGGAACCCGAAGUGGCCUUGGCGGUGGGCGAGUCCUUGCAGUUCACCUGCAGCCUGGAGUGCCCGCGCGGAGAGGUGGCCGACGUGCACUGGCGGGGCCUGGACACGAGCCUGGGCGCCGUGCAGUCGCACGCAGGCAGCAGCACGCUCACCGUGCAGCACGCCUCGCCUGCGGCGGCCGGCAUGCGCGUGUGCGUGGGCUCCUGCGGGGACCAGGCAUUCCAGCGCACCGUUACCCUGCUGGUGUACGCCUUCCCGGACCAGCUGACCGUCCACCCCACAACCUUCGUGCCGGAGCUGGAUCGGCAGGUGGCCUGCACGGCCCAUAACAUCACACACCCGGGCCCCGACGUGCUGUCUUUCUCGCUGCUGCUGGGAGACCAGGAGCUGGAGGGGGCCGAGGUCCUGGACCGGGACGUGGACGAGCAGGAUCUACUGUUUCACGUGACCGAGCGCUGGCUGCUGCCCCCGCUGGGGACCCCUGCCCCGCCCGGGACCCCUGCCCCGCCCGCCCUGCGCUGCUUGGCCACCAUGACGCUGCCGGGCCUGGAGCUGAGCCGCAGCCGCGACAUCCCGGACCAGGGCCCCAUGCACCCACCCCUGGCUUCCAGAUCCCCUCCCGCGGUGUCGCCAGCUUUCGGGGCCCAUGUCAACAUUUCGUCGGGGUCCUCUGAAAUCUUGCAGGACCUGACCUCCACAAAGACCCCGGACCAGACUUCUCUGAAGCCCCCCAACCCCACCUCUCCAAAGCCCCCUGACUCCACCUCUCCAAAGCCCCCUGACCCCACCUCUCCGAAGCCCCCUGACUCCACCUCUCCAAAGCCCCCUGACCCCACCUCUCCGAAGCCCCCUGACCCCACCUCUCCAAGGCCCCUUGACCCCACCUCUCCAAAGCCCCCUGACCCCACCUCUCCAAAGCCCCUUGAUCCCACCUCUGCAAAACUCCCUGACCCUAUCUCCCCAGAGCCCCCCAACCCCAAAUCUACCCCAAUGCAUCACUCUUCUGGGACUUGCCGCCCCAAGAUCCGCCAGGCACCACCCUCACAGGCUGAGUGGCAGGCCAGCUUAGAACUGCUGUGUGAGGCAUCCUGCGGUCAGGGCUGGACCGUGUACUGGACCCUGGCUCCAGGGGGCCUGGCAGCCUAUGAGCGGAGGGAGGCAGGCUCCCAGGCCUGGCUGAGGGCACCCCUGACCAGGGACCGCCCCGCCGGCUGGUUCCAGUGCCAAGUGGACCCUGGAGGCCAGCUGGCCCGCCUGUACGUCCCUGGACAGGAUGACUCCUCCGGCCCUGGGGUCGCGCAGCCGCCCCUGGCCCUGUGGACCAACGGCCUGGUGCUCGGCCUGCUGCUCCUGGCCGCCAUCGCCUGCCACCUGCGGAGACGCUGCCGCCACCGAACCCUGUGCUGA